AUGUUUCUGAUUUUUUCGGAAAAAUCUAGUUGUAUGGGAGCUUAUCGAUAUCUUUUGGCAUCGUUUGCCACUUAUAACAUCAUUUUAUCAUUUGUUGAUUGUAUUUUGCCAAUGGCGAUUUUCAAUAAUAAGAGUUCUCUAAUCCCAUUUCUCUCUGGUGGAUUUUUCAAUGAUGUCAAAACUUUUGGAUCUAUUCCUGUUGCAAUACGUGGAAGUUUUUUCGGUCUAGGUUAUGGAAUACUAGUCAUUCAUUUUCUUUAUAGAUAUAUUGCUCUAUUCAGGUUCAUUUUCUCGUACAACCAGGAGUUCUUCUUAUUUUUAGAUUUUUACAGACCUCGAAUAACUUUUCACUUCUCUCAAAAGCAAGGAAUGAUUUUAGCUUUCAUAUUUUUCAUUUUACACGGUGUGUUAUGGUUCUCAGUUUGUCAAUUACUAAUGUAUCCUGAUGAGGAAAUUUUAAAAUAUAAUGAGGAGGCCUUUUUCAACAAAUUUAAUACGAGCUUGCGCAAUUUUUCAUUUAUGGGAACUGUUUUUUAUGAUAAAAAUAUUUCUGAAAGUCUUUACAUUAGAGGAUAUUCUGGGAUGAUUUGUUUGACAUUGAUUUCAACAUAUGCGGUAUCAUCGUAUGUUUUUCUUGGUUAUAAAGUAGGUUUUUUUUCUACUGAUUACUUAGGUCAUUUUCAAUUAUUUGAGAUCAUGGCGAAACUUCGAGAACAUAAUAUAAUAUCAGCAACAACCAAAAAACAACAUUCUCAGUUGUUUCGGGCAUUGGUUAUUCAAACAAUUAUUCCAUGUUUCACUAGUUUUUUCCCCACAAUUUUCGGAUGGUAUAGUCCUAUUCUCAAGUUGAAUGUUGAAAAAGCGGCUGAUUUUUCAAUGAUAUCAAAUGCUUCUUGUUCUAUAAUAGAUCCAAUCGCAAUCAUUAUUUUGUUGCCAAAUUAUCGAUCAAGGAUUUAUAAGCGGAAAAAGAUUGCAAAAAUUGCAUCAAUUUCUGAGAAUCCAACACUCGUUUAA